AUGGAGAAUAUUUAUCGGUCCAAAGUCCCUCCCUAUACUGUUCCAGAGAAUCUAUCCCUGCAUCAAUUUCUUACACAAUACAACCCUGAUAUUUGCCGGCAUGAUGACAUUAUUUUGGAGGACCUGGCGCUUCCGCUCAAACGCUUGACCUAUGGCGGUCUUAGAACGAAAUCGGCUAUUGGGGCAGCUUCGCUCCAACAACAAUUUCAGCUUCAACCUGGAGAUACUGCAAUCAUCUAUGCCACCAACUCAGUCGACUACUCCCUCUUUGCACAUUCCAUCAUGUGGAUGGGAUGUGUUAUCGCCGGUGUCAAUAUCGCUUGGUCUGGAGCCGAGUUAGCUCAUGCUAUAGAAACCGUCGAGCCAAAAGUUAUCGCUUGCGAUGCUAGUCUGAGACACAGGGUGGAAGAGGGGUUGCGAUCAGUCACUGGCCUCAAACACGUUCCUCGGAUUCUGAUUCUUGGCGAACAGCCUGGAAAUUUCCCACGAUCAUUCAUUGACGAGCCCCCUCUCGGGAGUAUCCCGCUACCACCUUUCGAUCUAUCAAUUGAUGACAGCCGUAAGCAUGCUUGCCUUAUUCUUUUUAGUUCAGGGACAACCGGAUUGCCUAAAGCGGUCCUCUUGAGUCAUUUCAACAUCAUUGCCCAUCUUCUCUCCGCCCGAACCAGCGAUGCACGACUCAACGGUUCUUCAUCACGGGAAGUAUUUUUUGCCCCAUUCGCUCAUAUGCUGGGCGCGCUAGGUGCCAUUCUUGUACCACCAUUCGUUGGUUCCUAUGUCGGAGUCAUGAAGGAAUUCGAACUUCAGGAUUAUAUCAAGGCUUGUGCGAAAUCCCGCGCUACUAUACUCAAGGCAGUACCAAGCGUGGUAGUCGCUUUUGCUCAACAUCCGCUCGCCCAAAAACUCAAUCUAACCUCAGUUAACAACAUAUUAUCUGCCGGUGCUACGCUGAAGCCUGAGGUUGUUGCAAAACUACAAAAUUUGCUAAAAGGGGUUUCCUUUGUACAAGGAUAUGGAGAGAUUCGUGUCGUCGAUGAGGAUUACAACGAUGUUGAGCCAGGCCAAGCGGGAGAGGUUCUGCUCCGAAGUCCAACUGUUUUUAUGUACGUCCCAAACACUUCCUCUGUCUCACACGUCUCUAAAGUCGACUGCAGGGGAUACAAAAAAAACCAGAAAGCAACUCAGGAGUCAUUUCAUCAAGGGUGGCUCCGUACUGGUGAUGUGCUCUCCAUUGACGAUGAUGGAUUUCUCUGGUUCCAUGAACGGCGAAAAGAACUCAUCAAGGUGAAGGGUCAUCAAGUGGCCCCCUCGGAGCUGGAGGGAAUUCUUGGGUCUCACGAUCUAGUCAUUGAAGCAGCUGUGUGCGGCUACUUUGACGCCGACCGUCAGACCGAGUGGCCGAUUGGCUAUGUGGUUCUGGCGCCAUCUGUACCACAGACUGAGUAUUCUAAAACCUUGAAGGCAAUCCAUGUCUGGCUUGACAACCAGGUGGCUAGCUACAAGCGCCUUCGAGGUGGCUUGCACUAUAUUGAUUCUGUACCAAAGAAUCCCACCGGAAAGCUCAUGCGUCAGAAUCUUCCGAUCAAAUUAGCUGAAAAGCGCAAGACAAAAAUUUGA